AUGAUAUCCGAUAGUUAUAAUUUUGUAAAUAGUAAUAGUAAUAAUAGUAAUAGUAAUAAUUAUAGUGGUAAUAAUAAUAACAACAACCAAUUUGUGUAUAAUAAUAAUGAAUAUAUUUAUAAUAAUAAUAAUAGCGUUGAUAAUGAACAGCCAUAUGCAACAACACCCAAUCUUUUAUCCAUGAAUCAUAUGAACCAUAUAAGCCACAUAAAUCUAAUAAAUAGUAAUAAUAAUAUUAAAACAACAAACUCAAAUUUAGAAUCAUCCACCAAUUUAGAUUCAUCCAGUGAUAUAAAUGUUUUAAAUCAGGACUAUAACAAGCUGAAAUCAAGUUUUAAAGCAAAUCAAAGAGUACAACAAUUUGAAAAUGAAGAUACAAUUAAUGAAAGUAAUAACAUAAAUUUAAACUCAACUAAAGCUUCAUUGGAAUCUGAAGAAGAGGAAGAUGACGAAGACGAAAAUUAUUCAGAUGUUGACGAUUCUGAUACAUCCUCAAAUUAUUAUAAUAAUGAUGAUAAUAAUGAUAAUAAUUAUAAUAUGAAUAAUAAUAUGAAUAAUAAUAACAAUAAUAUGAAUAAUUAUAAUAAUAGUAAUAGUAAUAAUAAUAAUAGUAAUAAUAACAAUUAUAAUAAUAAUAACAACAACUAUAACUACAAUAAACAGAUGGAAAGUGAAAAUUUAAAUAACAAUAAUAUGAAUAAUAAUCAAUUACACCAAGAGAUUAUAAAUUUAAAAAAACAAUUAAAAAAAACAAAAAGAGAAAAAUAUUUAUUAGAGUUUAAAAAUCAACUAUUAUUAGAUAUGUUAACUUUAAGUAGUUUAGAUGUUAAAUAUUUUGAAAAUCUAGAAAAAAAAUGGGUAAAACAACAAGAGCAAUACCAGGUAUUACAACAACAAGUGAUUUUACAACAAUCAAGACCACAAACUGCCAUUGGAUAUGCAAGAGUGCCAUCAUCGCCUCAAUCAUUCCCGCUAAAAAAAAAUAAUAAUUUAAAUUAUUUUAGUGAUUCACCUAAUAACCAAUACUCAAGACCACAUACUCCGCAAACCCAUUUAUAUAACCAACAACAACAGCAACAGCAACAACAGCAACAACCACCAUUAUCAGCAAGCCAACAGCAACAGCAACAACAACAAUUACACCAACAACUUCAACAAUUUCAGCAAUUUCAACAAUUUCAACAACAAUUACAAAACUCUUCGCCUGCUGCUUUCCAAUCAUCCUUUCCUCCACUUCAAGCGAACUUUAACCAAAACAAUAAUAAUCAAAAUAUUCAAAACAAUCAAAACAAUAAUAAUAAUAAUAGCCAAGCUUCUUUAAACCGAAAUAUAUAUAAUAGUAGCUUUUAA